CUGGUGAUUGCUGAAGAGAUUAUUCACUCUAGACUCCAGCCUGAGAGCACAUUAGAGCGAAGACUGGAAAAUAGCAUAAAGAAAAACACCGAACUCGAUUUUAAAGUUCAGAUACGAAUUUCCAAAAGACUUUCUUUACGAGCGUUUCCAUGUGAGCCUCCGGGCUGACUCUUCCAGUCAGCUCCGAGGCGCUCUGAACCCUGCAUUGUCCUGUCUUUGGGGACACGAAAGUGUAAGGGCUUCUCACUCCAUGGAGUUUACCGAUUCUAGAUCCCUGAGUCGCCAAACGGUGAAAAAACUAGACCUGCUUCUACUUCCUGUGCUUUCGCUGUUGUUCUUGCUCAACUCUCUUGAUCGCUCUAAUGUUGGAAAUGUUGAAACCGCAAAUUUUACUCGAGAUGUUGGGUUACAGCCGGAUGAUCUUAAUACCGCUGUCGCCUGGUUCUUUGCAGUCUUCGUCUUUCUGCAGCCGCUAGGAGCUGCUGCGGGCAGGAAAUUUGGCAUGACGCGAUGGGUUCCGGGGUGCAUGGCAUUUUGGGGAUUAUGCACCGUGCUGCACAUUUUCAUCGCUCGUAGAUGGCAACUGAUUACACUACGGAUCGUCAUUGCCGCGCUUGAAGCCGGCUUCUAUCCAACCGUUGUCUCAUAUUUGUCUCUAUUUUACACGCGCUACGAAUUUGCCCGGCGCUUGGGCUUCUUCUACGGCCAAUCUGCAGUCGCUGGUGCACUUGGCGGACUAUUGUCCUUUGUCGUUUUCCGCCUGUAUCCUAGUCACCUUGCAGGCUCAACGGAAGCAUCUAGCUCCCAAGAGACUGGGAAAUGGACGGCAUGGAAAAUCCUUUUCGUUGUAGAAGGGCUGCUGACCAUGGCCGUUGCAAUCUUGAGCUUUUUUUGGCUUCCUCCUACGCCCGGUAGAGCCUGGUUUCUUCGCCAAGAGGAACGUCGAUGGGCAGAAGCAAGACUGCAAACGGAUCGCGACGUGGUCGUACAAUAUACCGUUCCUGCUGGCAGUAAAGUGUCAGUAGAAGGGAGCGAUUGCCGCUCCGAGGUUAUUGACGACGAAGAAGCCAUGAUGAGAAACUCAGAGGAGCUUGAGAGCGAGACGCUUCUUCGCGAAAGCGAAGACUCCGUGUCUGAUGAGCAAGCCAUCAAGAGACCCUAUAGAGCCAUGUCCAAUGGAUCUGUCACUGCCUCUGAAAAGGGCUUAUCACGACGAGACAUUUUCGAGGCCAUCACCGAUUGGAAGAUCUGGUUCAUUCUCGUCAUCAACAUUUGUUCGAGUGUACCAGUCGCUGCCUUUUCCGUGUUCCUGCCUCUCGUCGUAAAAGGAUUCAACGUCGACGCCAUUCACGCAAACUUGCUUAGUGUUCCUCCCUUUGUCGUUGGAGCGCUCGUGUUAUGGCUGUUCACAUGGUGGAGCGACAAGUCUGAACAACGAAUCAAGCCGAUCCUGUGCGGCCUUGGGAUUAAUCUCCUCGGGCUGAUUGCCACAGUGCUGCUCCCACAAUCUGCCUUGCGCGCGCGAUACGUUGCUCUCUGCGUCCUGCUCGGCGGCAGUUAUAUCGCUAGCCCACUCACCGUCGCAUGGUUAGCUGGUAAUAUAGAAGAGCCCGGAAAACGUGCCAUCAUGCUCGGCAUCAACGGAUGGGGCAACUUAGCAGGCCUUUUUGCCGCACUGCUCUUCGCUCCGCGAUUUGCUCCUCACUACCUCCUGCCGUUCUAUGUCACGCUUUGCCUCGUACUCUUUUCCUUCGCAGGGUAUGCUAUUUUCUGGUGGCUUCUUCUGCGUGAGAAUGCUCGUCGGCGCCGUAUCGUUGCGCAGUGUUCAUCUGAGCAAGUGGCCAAAGAGUGGAAUCAUGGUACGGGUAUCGCACAGGCUGGACGGAGAGCAAGUGUCAGUCGUACUCUGAAGCUCCGCUAUUUAUUAGACUUUAUUAUCCCUGGUGGUGGGGGCGGCAGCGGCAGCGGCAGCAGCAGCGGCAGUAGUACCAUCGAGCACAGUGCUGGCUUGUCCCGUCCACAUAGGCAGUCCGACGAUGUGGUGGAUCAUCGCGAUACUGAGGGCCAGGCUCAUAGCGGUAUAGAUUGGGAUGUGCGUCGCGGUGACGAACGAUUGACUUUUCAGUACAGUCUUUGAUGUUUAUAUACCUCGAUUUUGUUACAGCGAAUACCCUCGUGUAAGAACCCCGGUGCUGAGACCAUCAAGGCUACUCCCACUGACUCUAAGGGGUACUUUGAGAAGAUCCACGGCUAGUAAAUAUAUUUCUACAUUACAGUCACACAGUUUCUACACUUUUUCCCAAGCUGAUCGCACCGUCAGACGAAAGGAGGUGGCAUGUUAGUCCCAUUUUUGUCUAGUCAUUACUAUCUUAACUCAAUGAAUCCUCUAAUGAGUAACUCCACGAAUAUACACACAAUAUCAUCAAAUUUUCCAAGCAUACCCUUUUUCUAAAGGUCUCUGACCACUUUUUUCCCUUUUCCUCCUGAUCCAUCCCG